UUCCCAAUUCUUACUCUUUUUCCCUUUCUUGUUGCCUCACAUGGAUCUCAUGAGUUCCCGAUUUAAGUCUUUUGGCUUUAGGAACAAACAUAAACCUCUUCCUAAUUCCAACCCGAUUGUCCCUCCCACCCCUAGCUCCCCACCCCCAUCUGGUCACAGUUCAUCAACAACAAGUCUUCCAAUGAACCAUCAACCCCAGCAGCCACAGUUAGGCCGACCGCCAAGUUACACAAACAACCGACCAACUAGUCCAAUGGUGCAUGGUCAACAACAGCAGCCCCCGCCCAUUACCACAAACCUCCAAUACCCAAAUGCUCCCUUGAACGGCCCACCGGGCUAUGGCAAUCAACAACAGCAGCAGAUGGCGCCUAGUAUUCCAACGUCACUGUCUAAUACCCAGUAUCCGGGGCGCAACCCUGCGGUCGAGGUCGAGGGCGGGGGUCGGGGCAAGGCCCAACUGAUUGUCGGUAUUGACUUCGGUACAACCUUCUCGGGUGUCGCAUAUGCAUUUGCGACCAACAAUCAGGCAAGCGAGGACAUCAUCACGGAAUGGCCCGGGGCCGGAACCCACGCAAAACAAAAGAUUCCCACCGUCCUCUACUACGAUCAAUACCAAAAGGUGGUAGGAUGGGGCCCCGAUAUCGCCGACGCUCUCGCCCCGACCGGAUACCCCAAGCCCCAAGUGCAGAAGGUCGAGUGGUUCAAGCUCCAGCUGAUGCUCUCCGGAAACACCUAUAUUGAUCCCAUCAACCUGCCCCCGCUCCCCCCGGGCAAGUCUGAAAUCGAUGUCGCGGCCGAUUACCUCUUCAAGCUACGACAAGCCAUUCGCGCUCAGCUGCAAAAGGCUUUGGGAGAGGUGUUCACGCGCGAGGAACGCAAUAUCCGAUACUACUUGACGGUACCGGCGAUUUGGAACGACGCCGGCAAGGCUGCGACGCGGACCGCUGCUAUUCAAGCUGGCUUCUUGCGCGACGAGAACGAUAACCGCCUCACACUAGUCUCAGAGCCCGAGGCAGCGGCCUUGUUCUGUGCCAAGAGCGGACUGCUUAACUUGAAGGUGGGCGAUGCUAUUUUGAUUGUGGAUUGCGGUGGUGGUACCGUGGAUUUGAUUGCAUACGAGGUCGAGGAAGAGCAGCCUUUCAGUGUGAUGGAAUGUACUGCCGGGUCUGGUGACUCGUGUGGUUCAACGGCACUGAAUCGGAACUUCAGUAACAUCUUGCGCGCGAAGAUCCGUAAGAUGAAGCUGCCGGAUGGCUCUCGGACUGCGGGCAAGGUCUACGCCAAGUGUAUCAUGGACUUUGAGAACCGUAUCAAGGCCGACUUCCGCAACAACGGGCAAAAAUGGGCAGUGGAUGUGGGUAUCGAGGCCGACUUCCCCGAUGCUGGUAUCGAGGAGGGCUACAUGACCUUCAUGAACGAGGAGAUUCUUCAGUGCUUCGAGCCUGUCGUGAACCGUAUCCUCGAGUUGGUCCGCAACCAGAUUAUCGCCAUCCAAGCACAGAACCGUCUGAUCCAGAACGUUCUGGUCGUCGGUGGAUUUGGUGCUUCAGAAUACCUCUUCCAGCAGAUCAAGCUCCACGUGCCGCCACAGUAUCAGACAAAGGUGGUCCGCCCGAUGGACUCUGUGGCUGCGAUCGUCAAGGGUGCAGUCACUGCAGGUAUCACCGAGCGGGUCAUCACACACCGUGUAGCACGUCGGCACUACCUGAUGGCCACGCUUCAGCCAUUCAAGGAAGGCUAUCACCCGGAACAGUACCGUGUGCCCAGUUUGGAUGGCCGCGAUCGAUGCAAGUACACCCGUCAGAUCUUCGUCCAAAAGGGAGAGCGUGUCAGAAUUGGCGAACCAGUCAAGGUCAGCUUCUUCCGUCAAGUUGCACCUGGCGCCACCCUCAUGUACGAGGAUGUGCUGUACGCCUGUGACGAGGACGUCUGUCCCGAGUACACCAAGGAUCCACGCAUCAAAGAAGUCGUCACACUCACAUCCGAUCUGUCGCGCAAGAACCUGGAGACCGACUUCGAGCGCAUGGACACACCACAGGGCAUCUUCUACCGUGUCUACUUCGAUAUUUACCUUACGCUAGACGGCAGCGAAUUCAGCGCCGAACUAGUCUGCCAGAACGAGAUCAUGGGCCGCUGCCGUGCCAAGUUCCGGUGAUCUACCAACUUUCGCACAUGGGAAACACAUAAGAAAACACAAAUACGCGUGCAGUACAUAUACCCCCCUGGACGAGGCUACGACAUCAUCGGCGAACAGAAGUGUGGUCAUGACUUGAGUUUUAUUGAUUUGAAUUUCCCUCACAUUGGUCUUGGAUCGGUGAACUGGUCAAAUACCCCCCGAUGAUCGGGCAUCACUGCACCGGCGAAUAGGCGUUAUCUGUGUUGAUUCUUGCGGAAUCCUGUGCCGUUCCUAAAUAUAUGCCACGGGUUCGUGGAGCCAUUUUUUUUGCCUACUUGUUUCGUUGGCGGUUCCUGUUUGUGUUUUUAUCUUUUCUUCUCUCCUUUUUCCCCCUCUUUCGCCCCCUUAGAUACCUCAUGACUAUUGUGUUUUGUUUGAAUGACGUUGACGAGCCGUGGUCCUCAUCUGACUUAUAAAAUCCAGCUCAAUCUACAAAUUUAUACCUCCAUGUACUCAUGAUUAUGAGUAGAUACGAAGCAGAUGCCAUGCCAUCUAA